GAAUCGCGGAAGUAAACAUAAAAAGGACGCUGUGAGGAUUUAAAGCUGCGUCACUUUGUUUUUCCAGUCCUCAAAGUGUGUGAAAGUCCGUGUUUUUGUGUCCCGAGCCCGGUCCGGAAAGGCAGCAGCAUGUCGGUCACCGUGAAGGCGUACCUUCUGGGGAAAGACGAGGCGGUGAGAGAGGUCCGGAGGUUCACGGUGGACCAGGACGUUUCCUCCAGCUUCGAGUACCUGAACCGGAAAACCACGACCGUGUUUACUCACCUGAAGAACAUCAACAUGUACUAUAAAGAUGAAGAUGACGACCUGGUGGCGUUUUCCUCUGACGACGAACUGAUGAUGGGUCUGACUUGCAUGAAGGAUGCCACCUUCCGCCUGUUCAUCAGAGAAAAGAAGGAGAAUCGUCGGGACUUCCCUAUUCACGCCUUCCCUCCCUUCACCUUCGGCCACCCUCCUCCUCCUCCACCCGGAGCUCCUCACGGCCCCUUCCCCCACCAGGCUCCUCCCCCUCACCUGGCCUCGCCGCCGCUGCACCGCGACGUCACCUGCGACGGCUGCGAGGGCCCCGUGGUGGGAACGCGCUUCAAGUGUUCGGUGUGUCCCAACUACGACCUGUGCUCGUCCUGCCAGGCUCGGGGGACGCACACCGAGCACCCGCUGCUGCCCAUCUGGCACCCGCUGCAGUGGUUUCCUCGAGGGAAGUGGAUGAAAAGGAUGCGACACUGCAUGUGGAACCAGAACAUGAACCUGAACCCCGCUCAAGACCAGGACCAGGACCAGGAUCUGGAUCAGGACAAGACCGAAACCUCCGAACCUGCCGCCGACCGCAGCGCCCCCUCUGCCUCACAGGCCAACGUGGACUUCCUGAUGAACAUUGGCGAGGGCGUAGCGGCUUUGUUGAACCCGCUGGGUAUUGACGUCGACAUCGAUGUGGAGCACGAUGGCCAGAGGUCAAAGGUGACCCCUCUUCCUCAGAGCGGGGGGGUGGAGCCAGAGGUGGGCGGAGCCAGCGGUGAGGGGUCAAAGGUGUGCAAAGACUCUGACGAGGAGUGGACUCACCUGAGCCCCAAAGAAGUCGACCCCUCCACCGGAGAGCUACAGUCCCUGCAGCCCGGAGACCAGGACCAGGACCAGGACCAGGACCAGGACCAGGGUCCUCUGUCGGGACAGCAGGGUCCCACAGGUCUGAGGGAGGCGGCUGUGUACCCGCACCUGCCUCAAGAGGCGGACCCCCGCCUGGUGGAGUCUCUGUCUCUCAUGCUGUCGAUGGGUUUCACCGAUGAAGGCGGCUGGUUGACGCGUCUCCUCCAGGCCAAAGACUUCGAUAUCGGCGCCGCGCUCGACGCCAUCCAGUACGCCAAACAGCCCCGCCCUCUCCAGCCCUGAUGACGUCAUCGUGAUGUCAUCGACACUGAAGAACAUCUAAACGGAUGAUUUAUACUACGGCCGGGUGUUCUUCUCGUUCCCUCGUAAUCCUGAGUUUCCAAUCUGUCCUUUUUAAGUUCUACUAUCAUCAUUCAUUGUUAUAAUCAAUACUUUGUCUCGUUGAUUGCUGUACUGCAGUUUUCUGUUAAUCUGAGCAAUUAAAAACAUGAAUCUGUGG